AUGCUUUCCACGCGAGGUCAAAAGAAUGCGAGAUCCGAUGCGAUGGCGAGUUACAACAACAAACAGAAAGAGCCAUAUCAUAAAGCAACCAACCCUACAGGCGAAGUUAACUUUGCCAAUGCAGUCAAUUAUCUCAUAAAAGAUGACAUUAUGAAUUUCAUGCGCGAGCAGAAGAAUUUGAUCGAGCCAGUACAUCUCACCUACAAUGACGGACCAGCUGGAAGUUUCCGUCUUCGCAACGCAAUGGCCACACAUAUCAACGAAACAUUUAAUCCUACCUUUGAAGUCACGAGCGAGCAUGUUACUUUCGCCCCUGGGAUUACAGCGUUGAACGAGAUGGUUGCGAAGAAUUUGGCGGAUGAUGGUGAUGCGUGGUUGUUGGGUAUGCCUUGUUAUGGGGCUUUCAAUUAUGAUCUGAAGAUGACAACCGGAUGUGAUAUUGUGCAUGUAACUUUUGGGGAAGUCGAUCAGUUUGGUUUGUGUGCUGUUGAAAAGUAUGAGGCAGCUUUGAUCUCCGCGCGAAAGGCAGGCUCUAGGGUCAAGGGACUAGUACUUUGCAAUCCGCAUAAUCCUCUAGGACACUGCUACCCGGUUGAAACACUCAAGGCGUUAUUGAAGUUUUGCGAUAAGCACAAACUUCAUCUUAUAAGUGACGAGAUAUAUGCCUUGUCUGUUUUCAAGACAACCGACGCUGUACAGCCUGCUCCCUUUACGUCAGUGCUGUCAAUUGAUCCAACGGAUCUGAUUGAUGCGAAUUAUGUUCACGCUUUGUACGGCAUGUCGAAAGAUUUCGGUGCACCUGGUCUAAGAUUGGGAUGUCUUAUUACGAGAAACCAAGAGUUGACAAAUGCUACGCGUGCUAUAGGACGGUUUCAUUGGCCCUCUGAAAUGUCGUCUGCAGUGACCAUACGAAUCUUAGAGGACCGAACCUUCGCAACCGAGCUUUUGGAAAGAGGCAGGAAAAUGCUAGCAGAGAGUUAUGCGUUAGCCACAGAUAUUCUCAAUAACGCAGGCAUCAAGUAUUACAAAGGAGGAAACGCAGGAUUGUUCAUCUGGAUGGAUCUUUCUCCAUUUCUGGGUACUCCAACCAAAGAAAAAGACGGAUGGGCUCUUGAGAAGGACUUGAAUACCCGUCUUUCAAAAGCCGGCGUGCUUAUGUCGAGUGGUGCUCCGUAUCACAAUGAGACACCAGGAUGGUUCCGUUUGGUAUUCUCGCGGGAGAAGGAUUUGGUGGAGGAAGGAUUGAGGAGGGUGAUUGAGGUAGUUAAAGACAUGAAGAAUACCUCAUCGGGUGUUAUGAGGCUAGACUUGGAGUUUGAAGUCUGA